CCCGUAAUUAUCGCCCGACUUGAUGACUCUCGCCCGUGGGCCCACAAAUCACCGAUCCGAGUUAGACCAAAGCUGGAAUUCAUAGGCGGCUGCUUCUCCGCCACCGUCUCCCCCAACGGUCACCACCUCCUCGAGCCUCCAAGAAGACACCGUCACCGCCAGCCGCCGCCCGCUUCACGAACGACAACAACUUGGGUGGCGCUACCUCCUUCACUGACCCCAGCAUCGGAUGCGACGCCCACGGCCUGUCCUCGAUCGCGGACGCGGCUCAUGGCUUCCACAAACUCCUUAUCUGUAGAAGCACGAGCCGCUGCCACCUAAUCGGCGACCCCCUCCCACUUCCUCCUCCACAGGCAUUCGGGGUGGACGGCGGAGUUGCUGAAGAGGAAGGAGACCAUGGAGAGAUCCAGCUCGGCCUGCAGACCUAGCUAGACUUCCAUUCGGGGGAGGGAUGGGGUUAGAAACCCUUGGAAAAUAAGUGAAUAAAUAAGGAACGAUAUCUCGCAAAUACUACCAAUUUUAUAGUGACUAGCAGGAAAUUCAAAAAUAGGUUUUUAUUUUUUUUCCUUUUUUCUUUAUUUUUUUGUAACUGUGAAUGAAGGCAUACACAGGACAAAUAAAACAAAGUAGCAAUGGAAGAGGACACCGAAACAAGGACGGUGAAGUUUUGUUGAGGGGAGACCCCUGGAGUCUCUCUUCACCAGCCGGACUAGCUCCUCGCUGAUAAGGACCCUUUUUUCUCUUUUACGUAUAAAAGAUUUGUCAAUUGGGUCCAGUUCUGGGAUGAAGUUUCCUGGAAGGUGCGCUCCCUUGUUUUUGUUUAAAUUGCAGUCUAAGCGCAGCUGACGUGACCUCAUUCGGCGCCCACCGCUUCAGCGGCUCCCACCAACACCAUAUUUUUCGCUGCACUGGACUUGCUGUAGCCGUAUCGGAAAUCAGCGUUCUCAGCCCGUAUCGGCCCACUCUUCCUCCACGAGAUCCGUGAGGUUGGUGUUUUUGGUCGCAUCGCCGAUCGCUGGUCCCGAAGCUCGCAGAUCUCCCUUGGCCUUUCCUUUGGCAAGGGCCAUGCGUAGGCUUGCGAGGACGCCACCUCACACGGACUCCAUUCCAAGGCGAAUUCGUGACCCCUUGGCGAGACCUGUUCCUAUUGCAUGAUCCAACCUGUCUCCCCCCCUCCCUCCCUAAGUUUGAGAGAGCUGCGGUGGUGCUGGAAGAAGUGGGGUGUCAAGAAAAAUUAAUCAUCGAUUACUCUCGUCUUGCGGGAGUCGAGCGAUGGCUUCGGUGGAAGAGGCGACGAGGAGUUUGGAGGAUGGAUUUCGGGGAAAGGAGGCUGUGCUUCCCCCGCGGCGGACGGGCCACGGUAUGUCGUCCUCGUCGCUGCUUCGGAGGAGGUCGGAUCGGUCGGUGCUGUCCAAAGUGAGAAGCGAACCUCUCAGGCGUCUGCUGGCCAACCUCCAGGAGGUCUUCCUUGGGACCAAGCUCUCCCCCCUGUUCCCCGCCGUGCCCCUCGCCGUCGCCGCCCAAUGCUUCGAUUUCGGCCGAGCUUGGGUCUUUGCGUUGAGUAUGGUAGGCCUCGCUCCUCUUGCCGAACGGUUGAGCUUUCUAAGCGAGCAAAUCUCGUAUUAUGGUGGUCCAACAGUUGGUGGGCUCCUGAACGCCACCUGUGGGAACGCACCCGAGCUCAUAAUCGCACUGCUGGCCCUCCAAAAGGACAAGAUGGAGGUCCUCAAGUGGUCCCUCCUCGGCUCCAUCCUCUCCAACCUCCUCCUCGUCCUCGGCUCCUCCCUCUUCUGCGGCGGAAUAGCCAACUACACCAAGGAACGCCCUUUCGACCGGAAGCAAAGCGACGUGAACUUGAGCCUUCUGCUGCUGGGCGCUCUGUGCUGCAUCUUCGCGCUGGUUUUUCCACGCUCUGCGAGCGUUGGAGAGGGCGAUGUCGGGGCGGGAGCGGCGCUGAACCUUUCCAGAGCGUGCAGCAUCGUGAUGCUCGUUGCCUACCUCGGAUGCCUCUUCUUCCAGUUGAAGACCCAUCGCCAGCUCUUUGAACCGCCGGAGGAUGAAGCUGAUAGCAAUGAUGAUACUGUUUCAGAUACACCAGUGAUUGGUUUUGCUAGCGCUUUUGCUUGGUUAGUAGGGAUGACUGCUGUGGUUGCAUUUUUGUCAGAUUAUGUUGUUACCACCAUCGAGGCAGCAUCAGAGUCAUGGGGCAUGCCUGUGAGCUUCGUUAGUGUUAUCAUGCUGCCUAUUGUUGGAAAUGCAGCAGAACAUACAGCUGCAAUCAUCUUUGCUUUCAAGAAUAAGAUUGAUAUCACUCUGGGCAUCACUCUUGGUUCAUCAACUCAAAUAUCCAUGUUUGUGGUUCCAUUAAGCAUAAUAGUAGCAUGGAUAAAGGGUGUCCACAUGCAUCUUGAUUUUGGGCUCUUGGAGACUGGAUCACUAGUUAUGUCAAUCCUUAUAACUGCCUUCACCCUUCAGGAUGGCACUUGGCACUAUAUGAAGGGAUUUGUUCUCUUACUUUGCUACGUUGUUAUUGGUGCAUCAUUUUUCAUCCUUAGACCCUCUUUAAAUCAAGCAAAUGCCAUCAACUGGGGUGUCGAAACAAUACCAAUGAAAUCUGUGAAGGCUUAGGACACUAGAUGGCAAACUGGUUUUUUAUGUACAUAGUAGACUGCUUUAAUUUUGUCCUUUCAGUAAUUGCCGGUAAGUUCAAUAAAGAAAUUCCUUUUUCCAAGCGUCAUUUCUGAAGAGCAUAAAAAAUGGGCAUUCUUUAUCUCAGUCAAUAUCUACAUCUCUGCAUCCAUGCCUCUGUAUGUUUCGCUUGCUGAACCAUUAACUUGUGAAAAUCUCAAAUCUUAUUUCA